AUGUACUUUUGGGUGAAACCAGACAAUUAUACAUUUCGCGAGGUGUCUUUUGAAGGAUUUUACAAGAGUAACAAAGAAAAGAAGGAACAGGGGCACGAGGCCAUGAUGAGUUUUGCCACGAGUAAGGACACUGGAGUUCGAAUCUGGCCACCCGCUGCUGAAGCUCAUCAAAACUUAGGUCAAGAAUUCGGCACUGAAGCCCCUUCUGAGCGGUUUGAGCGCGCCUGCUUCCAGCGCUUUAAAGCCGGAAACAAGCAACUCGAAAAUGAGCCUCGCUCUGGUCGACCGACUACAAUAUCGUUCGACGAACUGAAGAAUCUGGCGGAGCAGCAUCCAUAUGAAGGUGUGCGGUAUUUUGCUGCCAGUCUUGGCUGUUCGCUGUCCACCGUGAGCAACGGACUCCGAUCUCUCGGAAUAGUGAAAAAGCUCGCUGCUCUCCAUAAAAGCCGCAGAUUCGACUGGCUGGACACCAUUGUCACUGAAGAUGAAAAAUGGGUCCUCUACGUCAACCACACCCACAAAAGUGCGUGGUGCGCUGGCAAUGAAAUGCCGGAUCCUUUCGUGAAAGGUGAAAUCCAUGAGAAGAAGGUCAUGCUGAGCGUCUGGUGGGGAGUUCAUGGAAUGUACCGUUUCGAACUGCUGCUGAACAACACGACAGUUACUGCCGAUGUCUACUGCACUCAACUGCAAAGACUGGCCGACAAGAUCCGCAAAGAGCACCCGAAGCUCGACAACGUUCUCCUGCUGCACCUUAACGCGGGCAUCCACAUCGCGAAGAAGACUUAG